GUCAAAUUUCAAAGAAUCAACCUCAUUUCUGCUGUUGGUCGGCCUUCCAACUCGAAUCGCGCUCGGCGGAAGAGGGUGUCGCACUAGCAUAUGGCUACGCGGGAGCUUGAUGAGCUUCGCAAGCAACUAGAGACGCUUCAGCGCUCACACGACACCUUACUAAAAAGCUUGUCCGCUUCGAACGGAAGCUUUGGACCCUCAGAUGUACCACGGCUACGUCGGAACGCAACCCAGCGAGGAGAUGCCGUCUUCGCCGACACAUCCACGCUAUCUGACGAUAGCAGCGACGAUGAGGACGAUUUCUUUGUGCAAUCUGAGCUGCCAUCCCAGUCCUUUGGCCAUGAACAUCUACGCGAGCAUCUGAAGACCCACAACUGGGAUGAUCACGGCAGAGAGAUUCUAGCAUCCCUGAUUUCUGACCCUGCAAAACUGUCCAAACAACCACAUCUGUUCCAUCUAGGACCAGGACCUGCCGAGGACCGCAGCCAUUACUCCCAUUUCCAAGUCUACAAUGUUGGGCCAGAUGGACUCCCUGAACUUGUGGAAGUCAGCUCGGCGGACAAUACGAUGUCCAAAGCUACAGAGAUCUGGCACUCUAUCAGGGACAUAGGAAAGAACAAUGACAAGACGACUUCAGGUCGCAUCACUGUUGCAAGAGAGCCCUCGCCGAUCUUGUUCGGUGCGUUGCACUUGACGUUGGAUAAUGCCUUCGACAUGGAUGAGCUGUUCAGGCAUCUUGUCCGCACCGAAGCAUCUUCAUCACAUAUGUUCCGUGCCUUUACGGAAGACCCACGCCAUCAGCGGACCUUCUUCUUCACUUUUGAAUACUACACUAUUAUUGGAGAUGACUGCAAGCCAAUGCAAUGGCAGAGGGCCGACAGAGUCACCAGCUCCUCUGACAGUCACAUACCCUUGAGUCGUUGCGGUGCCGUUGUUGCCCUAGCGCUGUUUGAUGAGAACCCCCGGAGGGUCAGAAACAGAGCAAGACGAUCGAAGACCAAUUACGGCUGGGUGCACGACAUGUGGUCGCCAUGGCAGGUGCUUCAGCUGGAAUGCUUCCCAGAUUGGAAGUCGACACCCAUCAACGGAAACCCGUACACGUUCGAGACUGGUCAUCGAUAUCUCAAUGGUCCAGAAGCCUUUCUGCAUGCACUACUCACAGAGUACCGAGAUGCGAGGAAGCGCUACGACGAGAUCUACAAACAGAUUACAGAACUAGUCACUCCACCCCUUGGCUUCUUGUUUGACGAAGAUGCCCGCAGGAAGCGACUGUUCGAAGACAAGAACUUCACGUGGACACGCCGCUACUUCUACGCGCAUCAGGCGCUGGGAAACGUGAAUGACAGUAUCAAAGCCAUGAUUGAUGCAUUCGAAGACACUUUCACAGAGGAUGUAUGGGAAGGAGAAAGCAACACACUCUGGCCACUGUACGAAGAGUCACCACGCAACGACCACUGGAAACGCAGACUCCGACUGUUGAGACUGCAAUUCGAGCGCGAGAUGAAGGAGCUCCGCAUCUUGCAACGCGAAAACAAUGAGAGACGCCACGAGAUCGAGACUUUGCAAGAGCAGCUUUUCUCCGGCACCAGCAUCCAGGAGUCUAGGAAGUCGGUCGAGCUGGCUGAUGUGACAGUACAUCAAGGAUACAACAUCAAAGUACUUACGAUCGUCAACCUGUUCUUCAUGCCUCUCACGUUCGUCACGUCCAUCUUCGGCAUGACGAACAUGCCCACUGAGCCCGCACCGUACUGGCCGUUCGCUAUCACACUUGUCGCGAUCUGUAUCCCCUUCUUCAGUAUCAUUGGCUUCCUCUCGACCAAGUACGGCUACCACGUCUGGGCAACCAAGACCCGGCAGUUCUGGCGCUGGUUACGCCCAAAGCCAAAAGUUGAGGAAGAGGCAGAGACAGAGUAUACAGGGCAAACGAGAAAGAACCGGAGCAUGUCCACGGAAGAAGGCAUGCGCAUGAGAAUAAGGGACAGGGAGCCUCUUCCCAGACGAAGUAUGCAUAGACCGCCACCGAGCCAUCCUCAUAUCCAAGCCAUGGUAGCGAGGAUGGGCGAAGGGCGACAGAGCGGUUUGACAAGGAUGGGUACCUUGACUGAGGUCGACAGCGACACAAGGAACAGUGGGAGAACGACGAAGGACACAAUCAUUGAUAUCCAGGAGCCGUAACGUACUAUGAGAAACGACCGCUGUACGAUGGACGAGACACGACGUUUACGACAGAUUUCACGACCACCUUCACGACUUUUGAUGGCCAUACAUUAGGUGGCGAGACAAGCGAA